AUGUACGCGACCGCUCUCCAGGCCCUCUGGACGGUCGUCCCGCUACUGGCGGCCACCGCCAAUGCCGCCACCCCGCUCUCCUUCGAGCCCGCAGGAGAUGCAGGAAUCAGCGCCCAGAUGAUGUUCCUCGGUACCAAGAACAAGGUCUACAUCCUUGACAAGUCUGAGAACAACCCCACCACGAUCGACGGCAAGUACGGAACGCACCCCGCUUGGGCUGUCGAGUAUGACAUCAAGACCCAGCAAGUGCGCACGAUGGAUGUCUACUCGAACACGUUCUGUGCCGGUGGAGCGGUUCUCGGAAACGGAACCUGGGCGGUUUUCGGCGGUAACCAGCCCGUCACCACCAACGGUGUUGCCACCAACGAGCCGGCCCAGUACAAGAACCUUGCGGGCGGUACCGCCAUCCGUCUCCUCGACCCCUGCGACGACGAGUCCUGCCAGUAUGUGCAGGGAGAGCAGACCUACGACAUCUCCAAGGACACUGGCGGCUACCUCCAGAUGACCGGCAAGCGAUGGUACCCGACCGUCGAGACCCUUCCCGACGGAACGUUGAUUGUUAUCGGUGGUGACAAGAAUGGUGGAUAUGUCAACACUGCUGCGCAGGACAAUCCGACGUACGAGUUCUUCCCUCCCAACGACGAGGGCGCCGUCAACCUCCAGUUCCUUACCGACACCCUUCCCGUCAACCUGUAUGCCCUCACCUGGCUGCUCCCCUCGGGCAAGCUCUUCAUGCAGGCCGCCCGCAAGACCAUCAUCUACGACUACAAGACCAAGGAGGUCACCUGGCUCCCGGACAUGCCGCACGCCACUCGUGUCUACCCGGCCUCGGCUGCCACUGCGAUGCUCCCCCUGACGCCUCGCAACAACUACAACCCGACCCUCCUGUUCUGUGGCGGUUCGUCCACUGACAAGUGGGGAGAUGAUGGUGGCCCUCACUACAACGUCACCGCUGUCCCCGCCGACAACACCUGUGUCCGCAUCACGCCCGAGGGCACCUCCAACCCGCAGUACGAGGACGACGACUACCAGAUGGAGGGACGCUCGAUGGGCCAGUUUGUCAUGCUUCCUGACGGAACCAUGUGGCACGGUAACGGUGUCGCCAUGGGCACCGCUGGCUACGGAUGGGACAAGUACUCGAUUGGACAGUCGUUCGGCCAGGACCCCAUCUAUGUUCCGACUAUCUACAACCCCGAUGCCCCCGCGGGUUCGCGCUGGAACCGCACUGGCCUCCAGUCCUCGCCGAACGAGCGCAUGUACCACUCGACUGCCAUCCUGCUCCCGGACUCGUCUGUUCUCAUUGCCGGCUCGAACCCGAACGCCGACUUUACCAACGAGCAGUGGCGCUCGCGCACCGACCUCGAGCUCUGGUACCCGUGGUACUUUAACGAGCAGCGUCCUUCGUCUGCCGGCCUCCCCAAGACGUUCAGCUACGGUGGCGAGGGCUUCAACCUCACCCUCACUGAUAUCUGGGUCACGAGCGAGGAGAAGGUCAAGACUGCCAAGGUUGUCCUGAUCCGCGGCGGCUUCAACACGCACGCGAUCGGUUUUGGCCAGCGCAUGCUCGAGCUCAACUCGACGUACAUCAUGGACCAGUCGCAGGACAACAAGACGACGCUCUGCGUCUCGCAGCUCCCCGGCGACGUCGGACCGAUGGUCUUCCAGCCCGGUCCCGCCCUCGCCUUCGUUGUUGUCGACGGUAUUCCCUCGCACGGCGAGAUGGUCAUGGUCGGCAACGGCCAGCUGGGCGAGCAGCCCACCAAGCCGAACGCACCCCUGCCCGCGUCGACAGUGAUUCCCAAGCCUGAGCCUCCCAAGCCGACCGAGGACCAGCAGCAGAACGCGGCCGCGUCCGAGCCCUCGACGACGAGCGACUCCAAGGCGAGCGCGCCCUCGGAUGCGCGCAAGAGCGGCGCCCUCCCCCUCGUGUCGGGCAUCACGACGGCGCUCUUCGGCCUCCUCCUCGCCCCCCUCCUUCUGUAA